AAUGACAGUUGGUGUCUUGAUGCUAUUUACCGUGAUUUGGUUUUAAUUAUUAACUUAUUUAGUACUUUCAUGAUUUUAGUUCACAACAAUUGUUCCUAAAUCAAUAUAUUUUGGUAUUUCAAUAAAUUUCUUUUGUUAGCUAGUUAACUAUGUUCAUAUAAAUUAAAGGGUAAAGUUUGAAUUAUGGAAGUAUCACAUUCAUUGACGCUGAAUGAGGCUGCAUUUCAGCAACUGCCAGAUGAUAAGAAGCCACAUUUCAUAUUUGAAUGGCUGAGAUUUCUGGACAAAGUUCUUGUUGCUGCACAUAAGUCAGACCUCAAAAGCUGUCAACAAAAAUUGGUAGCUCAAUUAGUGAGUCUACUCCGUGAAAAUCUUGGGGCCCCAGCUCGUCGACUUCUCGCAAGAUGCCUAGCUACUCUCUUCUCCGUUGGAGAUACAUUCCUGCUGUUCGACACUGUCAACAAAUGCAAUGAUAUAAUAAAAGUCAAGGAUGACUCACCGUCAUAUUUGCCAACCAGACUAGCGGCAAUAUGUUGCCUCGGAAGUAUGUACGAAAAAUUGGGAAGAAUGAUGGGGCGUUCGUACGAGGAGACUGUAACAACUCUUGUCAGAUCAAUGAAAAGCUCAGAGUCCCAAACUCGACUCGAGAUUAUGAACACACUAGACAAGAUCUGCGUGGGCAUGGGCACGGCGCUGCGCGAGGUGUCGCGCGCGGCGCGCAGCACGCUGCUCAACGAGCGCGCGAGCCCCGUGCGCGCGGCGGCGGCGCACGCGCUGCGCCACAUGCUGCCGCUGCUGCGCCUCACGCCCGCCGACGUGGAUGCCAUCGCCGCCGCCUGUCUGCGCGCCGCCCAUCCUAGCGACUAUCCUUUGAGAUGUGCUGUUGCUGAACUUCUGGGUGCUCUCAUAGCAGCUACUCAAGCCGGUGAAAUGACGAACAUCAAUACUAAGACCAAAAUAGGAAUGCAACCAGUUCAACAAAACAAGAAAGAUCCACCCAAGAACGUCAUGUCACUAGAUGAAGCGCUAAAUCUACUGAUGGGCGCAUUCCUCAGGGGCGGAACGUCAUUUUUGAAAGGCGAAAUCAUCAAAUCUGGCUCAGGAGUUAACAGAGAAGUUCGCGUCUGUGUAACACAUGCGUAUGUAGUAUUCGUCCAGAAUAUGGGCGGAGUGUGGUUGGAACGCAACAUGACGACGUUCCUUACACACGUGUUAGACUUGGUCGCUAAUCCCAAGGCUGCCAGCUCCCAUGUCGACGCUGUAUACUCGAGGAAAUGUAUCAACUAUAUCUUGAGGAAUACUCUGGGUAAGAUGUUGGGAGAGAAAGCUCAAGCGUCAGCGUGCCGCGAGAUUAUUCAAAUCGUUGCUAAACAAAUGAACAGCAUCGACUUUAACCCGGAAAAUGCGAAAGAUUGCAAUCAGGAGACGCUGUUCAGCCAGCACCUGCUGGUGUGCGCGCUGACGGAGGCGGGCGAGCUGUCGAUGCAGCUGGGCACGGCCGUGCACAGUCUCGUGGCCGACACCUCGCUCGGCAUGCUCGACACUGUGUUCUCUGUGCUGGAGCACCCGUGCGUGGCGGCGCGGCUGGGCGCGGCGGCGUGCCUGCGCGGCGUGUGUCGCGCGCAGCCCGCGCUGCUGGCGCCGCUGCUGGACCGCGCCGCCGACGCGCUCGACGUGCCGCGCCCCACGCCGCACCGCAUCUCCGGCUACUCGGCGGCGCUGGCGGCCACGCUGGGCGCGGUGCAGUGGUCGCCGCUGGGCGUGCCGCACGGGCGCGGCAAGGUCGCCUUCAACGCGGCGGAGCAGCUACUGCGCUCGGCCGGUCAGAGCAGCAGGCUCACCGCCGCCCGGACUAACGCCGGCUGGCUCAUCGUUGGUGCCAUCUGUACGCUCGGUGUCCCGGUCGUACGCGGCUUAUUGCCACGAAUGCUUCUAUUAUGGAGAAAUAGUUUCCCUCGUUCGGCCAAGGAGCUCGAGUCAGAAAAGGCGAGAGGUGAUGCAUUCACUUGGCAGGUAACAUUAGAAGGAAGAGCGGGCGCUCUGUCAGCGUUGCACAGUCUUCUAAUUCAUUGCCCCUCUUUGGUCAAUAACGAGGACACCGCUAAGCGAUUGACACAACCUAUUGAUGGAGCCAUCGCUGUCUUGACAAAUGUCGGGACGGUGGUGCGCAACUACGGCGGUUCGCUGAAGGCGCCGGCGGCGUUGUUGCGCCUGCGCCUGUACCAGGCGUGCGCGGCUUUGGGUGCGGCGGCCACGGCUCCCGCGGCUCCGCUGCUGCGCCUGCUGGCGGCGGAGCUGGCGGGCUCGGCCGAUCCCAGCGGAGCUAAUGUUGCUACCGGCAUGCUAAGAAGCGCGAUGCAUCCUCGCGAUAUCAUCCUCCUCGGAGAGGAAGGCUGGAUACACGAUACGGAUCAUGCUGAAAUAGAAGAACAGUUGAUAUCGCCGCUGAGCGCGAGUGGCUCGAGCGCACUGGAGCACGACCCGUGCUGCCUGUACCGCCGCUCCGCGGGCGCGCAGCCGCUGGGCGUGGCCGUCAUCGACGCGUCCGUCGCCCUCUUCCCGCAGAUAUUCGCGAAGGCCGCUAACAAGCAUCGACAACAAAUGCUGGAGCACUUUGUGGAGUGCAUCAAGAUGUCUAAAGGCGCAAGACAAGAAGCGAUACAGAUCAACAUCUACACCGCUUUACUGUUAGCUCUGCGCACACUAGCAGAGCUGAAGAGCUCGCUGGGCCAAGAAGCUGUGAAGACUAUUGCUACUGACCUGAUAAUUAGCGGUCUAUCGGCGAGCAGUGCGACGGUACGGGCAGCGGCUGCGUCCUGCGCGGGCCGGCUGUGCGGCUGCAUCAGCGAGGCGGAGAGCCAGGCCCUCAGCGAGCGGGUCAUCACCCUCGCGCGCUCCUCCACCAACAGGCCCGCGCGCGCAGCCGCCGCGGCCGCCGUGGGCGCCGUGCAGCGCGCCAGAGGAGCCGCCUCCAGCGCCGCAGCGCUGCCCGUGCUCAGGGCGCUGGCGCAGGACACCGCUGCGGUGGAAGUACAAGUAUGGGCGCUGCACGCACUGUCGGUGCUGGUGGAUGCAUCGGGCCCCAUGUUCCGCGGGCACGUGGAGUCGACCUUGAACCUGGUGCUCAAGCUUCUGUUUAGCGCGCCGCCCUGCCUGGACGAGUUGCAUCGCAGUAUCGGUCGCCUACUUGCGGCGCUCAUCACGGUUGUUGGACCAGAGUUACAAGCGUGCGGCUGCAGCGCGGUGGGGCGCUUCGUGUGCGCGUGCGCGGCGCUGCGCGAGGCGGGCGGCGCGCGCGCGGACGCCACGGGCGGCCUGCAGCAGCUGCACAUGUUCGCGCCCAACCACAUGAACCUGCACGCGCUCGUGCCGCAGCUCUGCCGUGACCUAUCAAAUCCGGAGUUAUCUGUACGUCGAGCUGCGCUUUGCUGCCUGCGCCAGCUGUCGCAAAAGGACGCUGCAGAUGUGUGUAAAUACGCAAUGCUGGCCAAAGACCACGUGCCUCCUAAAUCAUAUUGCGGAGUCGUGAUAACCGAUACAGGUCUUCCUGGAGCGCUGUUCGCGUACUUGGAUAUGGAGCGCGACGAGAUGGCACUGUCUUACGCGCGUGACACUUUAACUUGCUGUCUGUUAGCGGCUGCCGCCAACCGCUCUGUAAGAGAUUGGCUGGUUCUGGCUAAGCGAGUAUUGACCGUAAGAUUAGAGGACAGCAACAACCCGGAGAUGGACCUGGACGCGGAGGGUGACGACGACCAGGCGGAGUUCCACGCGGAGAGCGAGCAGUCCACGCACCCCGCCGUGCAGCCGCGCUGGCCCACCAGGGUAUUUGCUAUGGAAUGUAUACAGAAGAUAAUGGGAGCAUGUGAGGCGACCGGAGAUAGUGCUCACUUUGAUCUUGUUAAAGCUAAGGAGAAGCUUCAAAAUGAUCCAAAUGCGGAUUACCUCUCCCUUCACCUGUCGGACCUGGUGCGCAUGGCGUUCGUGGGCGCCACGGGCGAGUCGGACGCGCUCCGGCUGUGCGGGCUGCGCACGCUGCAGAUGAUCAUCCAGCAGUACGCGCGCGCACCCGAGCCCGACUUCCCGGGACACUUGCUGAUGGAGCAGUACCAGGCGCAGGUGGGGGCGGCGGUGCGGCCCGCCUUCGCGCGCGACACGCCGUCGCACGUGACGGCGGCCGCCUGCGACGUGUGCUCCGCCUGGAUCGGCUGCGGCGUGGCCCGGGACAUCGGCGACCUGCGCAGGGUUCAUCAAUUGCUGGUUUCCAGUUUAGAUAAAUUGAACAAAAAGGGUAACACUACACUCAUUUAUAACGAAAGUAUGGCGACACUGGAAAAACUAUCGAUUCUAAAGGCUUGGGCUGAGGUGUACAUUGUGGCAAUGGUGAGCAACGACAGCGCACCCGGCAGUUACGUAAAACAACUCGAUACAAAGCCGGUUAACAAUCGCGCUGAAAUAGCAAAGUGGCGCAACCAAGUUUUGCAAAAUAAUAACCAAAUAGACAACGCUAACCAAGAGACCAUUGAAGACGAAGAGUACGGAGAAUUCGAGUCGAAAGGGGAGAGUUUACUCAAACUAGUCGAACCCGAGUUGGAAAGCUUAGGGGAGAAUUGGCUGGCUGCGUUAAAGGAUCACGCCCUAUUGAGUUUGCCACCAGAAUUCGCGUCGCAGCUGCCGCACGGCGGCGGCGCGUUCUACUCGGCGGAGACGGCGGAGGCGUCGCGGGCGCACUACGCGCGCGCCUGGCCCUCGCUGCUGUACGCCGCCGCGCUGCGCUACAACGCCUGCGUCGCCGCGCCGCACGACGCGCCGCACGACGCGACGCGCGAGGACGGGGCCGACGAAAAGUCUAGCGACAGCACGGAUAACAGAACUAGUAAGACUGAAAAUGGAAAUUUCGAAUUUUUUGAACCCAUUGAUGAAAAAUUCCAUCUCCUAUUUGGUAUUUGUAUGGAAGCUCUUUGUGCGCAGCGCGAUAUGAGCGUGGAAAAUACUAUCUCCGUGUUGCUGUCGUUAGUCACUUUACUCGAUGCUCCUGAAAAUAGAGCGAGGUUGCUCAAAGACAGGGCGCUAGCUAUAGAACUGUGUCAGAUAAUCCACCGCACAGGUCUGACGCAGGAGAGCGUGGAGGCACUACUGCUGGCCGCUGAUGUGCUGCAGCUGGUGGUGGCGGCCGCUCGCGACCAGCUGCGAGCCAGCAUGCACGACAAGAUCAGGGAAUUGGCACCAAAUGAAUCUACAGAAAGUAUUCCACAAUCAGUACUCGAAGUGGUCCAUACAUUAGGAGAGGGUGGUCCAACGGGCGACCUUCCCCCUGGAAAGUCUUUGGUGUUCGCGUGCUUAGAAGUCUGUGUGUGCCUCCUCGUUCGAAGGCUGCCAUCUUUGAGCCCAUUGAAGCAGGAGGGGAGAGUGGGUGUGAUUGGUGUGAGAAAAGGUUUGGGAGUCCACGGGGACACACUGCUUAUCAAGAGCUUAGCGUCCAUGUCAGAGUUGACUACGCUCACCAGUCCACAGGGAGCUCUUUCCGUACUGCCGACGAUCUUGUACCUUGCGACUGAAAUCCUGCGCGAGAGUCGUGGAGAUCAGCUGCUGAGCGACGCUGGGAUUCUGCUGCUGCAGCAGGCGGCGGAGUGCCGCGCGGUGCGCGUGCAACAACACACGCAGGAGCAGCACGCGCUGCUACUACAGGCUACCCUAGCUAAGCUCGUGGAGAGGGUUAAGACAGAGGAGUCGGAGCAGCGCAUCGAGAGCGUGACGGGCGCGCGCGCCAUGGCGUGCGUGCUGGCGCGCGCCGCGCCCGCGCCGCCGCUGCACUACCCCUGCAUCAACCACUUCCGCCAGUGCCUCGACACGCGCGACCACGAGGUGUUCGCGUCGUGCUGCUGCGUGCUGCGCGGCGUGUGGUCGCGCUCGGCGCCGGCGCAGUGCGUGUCGUGGUGGGCGCGCGCGCUGGGCGGGCGCGUGGUGGCGCGCGCGGCCGCCGCACGACGCGCCGACGACGCGCCGCACGUGCGCGCCGCGCUGGCCGCCGUCACCGCGCUCGACGAGCUGGUGGACGCCGCGCCCGACGCCGCGCAGGAUCCUCACAAAGGUAUACAAAUGCUGUGGAUCUUGGUGCCCAUAGUGAUCUCGUACCUGCGCGAGCCGGCCGAGAUAGCGCGCUCGGCGCCCGCACGCACGAUACACGAGUUCGCAUUGAACUGGAUCAUGCGCGUCGGACCGAAGUAUCCACAGGAAUUUAAAACAAUGAUGCAACAGUCUUCCGAACUCCGUACGAAGUUAGAAAACGCUGUGAAAGCUAGUCAGGCGAGUCGCGCUUCGCGUAGAGCGCCGCCCACCAGGCCUAACUUCGACACGCGUCCCGCUAAACCUACCAUACAGCUGAAAACUGACUUCAGCGAUUUUAGGUAAAAGGUUCAGGUUUGGUAGUUCUAUUAAUCUCAUUGAAGUAACAUUGUAGAGAAUACUAGUCUAAUAAAAAACAUUGGAUGAGUAUAUACGAGAAAAACGGAAUGUUCUAUUUGUUUGGUAUGAACUCCAAAACAUUUAUAAUCAUAGCUAUAAUAUUUUUAAGUCAUCGAAAACUACUAGAAAUAUUUAUGUUUAAGAUAUUAUUUUCGAAUAAGUGAACGAUACAUAAUAUGCUAUUAAUAUUACUAUAUAAUUUAUGAAGAUAUUAUUAUAGAAAUUGUAACAUACGUCACGCAAACUUAAACAUUUAUGGACAUCACUAGUCUUGUCGCAAGACAUUGAUUAUUGCUAAAAAAAUCACAUAUCUCGUACAGUUCAAUACAAAAAUAAUUUUAUUACAUUGUUUAAUUGAUAAACUAACUUUAACUUAAGCAUAUACCUUAGUAUAUACAUUUUUUAAUAAAUUUAUAAUAAUAAUAGUUAAAAUGUGAUAGUUGAUUGAAUUUCUAUAAUAUUUCUUUGUAACGACUAUCAUGUACUAUUUUAUCUUUUGUAUUGGUAUUAAAAAAAUACAUUUAACCCGCGGUUCGAUAAAUAAAAAAGUUGGGUCGGAUGAUUGAAUUUGUUGGACAAAAGAUUGAUCCGUCGACCCCUUGGAGUUCAGAAAUUAUUGAAGAGUACCUUGUAAAACGAAAUAGUAACAAACAAUUUAAAUUAAUUAAAAAUUUCCGUAGCGUACCUUUGUGUGCUGUUUGGAACAUGACGGAUUUUAGUAUGUGUGUGUGUGUGUGUGUGUGUGUGU